AGCUGGGGGCCGGGGCCGGCACCCACACUGGGUCUCCACAGCGGCAUGGAGUCUUCACUGCUGGUGCUGGCCCUGGGGGCCCUGUUGGUAGGCAGUUCCUUUGAGACCCAGAUCAUCGGGGGCCAGGAGGUCAUCCCCCACUCGCGCCCGUACAUGGCCUCGCUGCAGAGAGGCGGCUCCCACCUAUGCGGGGGGGUCCUGGUGCACCCAAAGUGGGUGCUGACGGCUGCCCACUGCCUGGUCCAGCGGACGGCCCAGCUGAGGUUGGUGCUGGGGCUCCAUGCCCUGGGCCACCCCGGUCUCACCUUCCACAUCAAGGCGGCCGUCCAGCACCCUCGCUACAAGCCGGCCCCUGCCCUGGAGAGCCCAGCCCUGCUCCCCUCGUCCCCUCGGCGGGCGCAGAGGCUGAGCCGCAGUGUGUCAUCCCCGCAGGGUGACUCAGGUGGGCCCAUCGUGUGUGGCAAAGACCAGGUGUUGGCCGGAGUCCUGUCCUUCAGCUCCAGGGUCUGCACCGACGUCUUCAGGCCCCCCGUGGCCACCGCCGUGGCGCCUUACGUGUCCUGGAUCAGGAAGGUCACCGGCUGAUCCGGCCUGAUGUCCUGGGGUGACCGGGACUGCCUCACUCUCUCCACAGGACCCCCCGCCUCCAGGGCUGCAGCAGGGUGGGUGAGGACAGGUGGGAGGGACAGGGAGGGACCAAUAAAUCAUGAUGAAG